ACGUUGUGUGUCAUUAGAACCAAAAUGGCUUCGUGCAGUAUAGAAGACGUGCUCGCUAAAGCAGAGAGAGACGAGGCUGAAAAACUAAGAAGUAUUACAGUAAACAAAGAGUUAGAUGUCGAAUUUGACCCGGGUAAUUUGCUUGCGUUUGACAAGAACCGGGUAGAUACUCGGGAAUUUAAAGACAACAAAGGGGAAGACUUUCUACGCUCUUUAGCGAGAGAUAACACACAACUUCUCAUCAACGAGAUAUGGAAACUACCAACAGAAAAGGUUGAUGAAGUAAUCGUCGCCAAGCUACCAGAUCCAACCACACCAUUACCCAGGGAAAAGCCUGCACCGAAACCAAAGCCUCCUACAAAAUGGGAACAAUUUGCCAAGCUGAAGGGCAUUCAGAAGAAAAAGAAGACCAACAUGGUGUGGGAUGAAGUUCACAAGGAAUGGAAGAGGCGAUGGGGUUACAAACGUGCCAAUGAUGACACCAAGGAAUGGCUGAUAGAGGUCCCAGUGACUGCAGAUCCCAACGAGGACCAGUUUGCAAAAAGGAAUAAAGCCAAGAAAGAGAGAGUGGCCAGGAAUGAGUACAACAGACUCAAGAACGUCGCCAGAGCUCAGAAGAUCAAGGUGCCUGGAAUGGGGCUCGCUCCCACCCCUCAGCAGUCCAAAUCAGAGCUGGCACAAGCUGUCAAUGUUGCCAAGAUUUCCACCGCCUCUGUUGGUAAAUUCCAGGAGAAACUGCCCAAGGAGAAAACGUCCAAAAACACUGGGAAAAAGAGAAAAUUCCAGCCUCUUAUUGGUGACUUUGGUAGUGAGAAACAAAAACAGCUGGAUUUACUAAAAGUAAUGGACAGUAAGAAGCCACGGCUUGAUGUCACGAAAGCUGUGAAUAAGCAAAUGAGGGAAGAGGACAGGGAAUCUGCUCAAAAGAGCAAGAAAAGCUUUGGAAAGAAGGGACGAAAAGGAAACAUGUCUGGUAAAGGUAAAGGAAAAGGAAUGGCUGGUGGAAAGGGAAAGGGUCCCAAAGGCAAAGGACGGAAACCUAACAUGAAGCAAGGAAAGCGUUAAAAUCUACAGCAGUGUGGACUUUUUACUGUAAAAUCCUAUAUAUAUUGUACACAUGAUGUCAACGUGUCAUGUGUCAGAUAAAAACAUAACUUUGAGUGCCUUGGUGCUGGAGUUUGAAUCUGUACAAUAUGGUUGUAUUUUGAUGUUCAGAUUUACCGUCUUAUAAAUGUCAUGGAUGCAGUGCUGGACUGAAGAUAAUUUGACUUUUUCUUGUUGUAUGAUGUGAUUUAAUAUUGCCACCUGUUAUUCAUUAGUGAUUUCACAAUAAAUUUAAAUCUUCUCUGA